GAAGACCGUCGGUGAGCACAUCAUUCCAUCGUUGAAAGGAACGUGGGACUCAAUAAGAGCAGGCAAACUACGCUGUGUAUGAGCCACUCCACGCGACAUGUUUUCAUAACAUCUUCGACCAGUCGCAGUCCCUCCCGGAUCCGAAUGGUGUUGCUGAUCCGAUUCAGGACACUCCCGACAGUUUCAUGGCACGGAUGGCCUCACAUCCUAGUCAGCAUUCGGAGAAGUUAUGCGAGAACAUCCCGCGCCGCAGUGAUCGUGUCCGGUUCGAUCCCUUUGGUCUGGAAGAGGAGGAGGCCGAUAAUGAAGAGGCUCACCGGCAACGACAUGGACUCCGGAGCAAAGAUCCCACCGGGUACAUGCACCAACAACCAGAGCGUCGGUCGUACAAACACGAACAUGUCCCAUGCCAUGAUGUCCCCGAAGAGUUCGAGGCUUGGAUAACAUAUCUCCUGGAGCGGAAGAGGGUCGAUAGCGAAGAGCAUUACUGCAAGCCAGUGGCGCUUCCACGUGUGGACAUACCCAAAGAUCCUGCCGGGUUUGACCGCUGGUUUGACUCCCUUGUGUCGAAGGCCGACAAGACCCUCCAUCGCAGCACCGUUCGCGAUGAACAAACCAACAGUACAUUCGUAGAUACACUAUCGGGUGGCCCAUCGGGGUCGACGACAGCGAUGAUGGGACAUUCGUACCCUCAGCACAACCUCCCAUGGCAUCUGCCCCCGCCAGUCAUCUACCCCCGCCAGUCAUCUAUGCUCCCAUUCCCAAAGUCCUCGUCACGGUACCCAGCUGGCUGGAUAGAGGGUCGCUGUUCAUGCUUGUGCCUCACGCGCAUGUAUCGUAGUCGACGAAGGGAAGCGCGGUCCGAAUAUCGGGGCAUGUUUCCAAGACCAAGAAGAACUGAAGGUACAUUUAACAGAGCGCUGAGCUUGAUAAUGUCGCCGCUGGCUUCCUCGAGAUCAGUGGUUCCUCAUCAGCGAGUGGAAGAUAACCGUUGCGCCAUCUGAUAGCGAUGGCUAGGUGAUAGAGGGUGCUGCUGCUAGGGGCGGAGCACCGGGAUGGUGGUGGAAGGAAGGAAGGAAAGACAGAAAGGUAACGGAUAGACAACCGUCACGGCGUCGUGACAACCUCGU